AUGUCAUCGUCUACAGCACCUGCUUCUCAAGUAACAGAAAAUAUACAUGAUUUACCUGAAGAUAUUUUCACUUAUAACGAUGAAAAAUUUCACAAUUUUAUAAAACAAAGAUAUGGUAGUGAUCUUGCUGAAUUAUUAAAAUUCCAAGCCAUAACAAAUGGAACUCUUCUUGUGAAUACAUCAUGUGAUGAAAUCUUAGUCGUUUUGAAGCAUAAUUCCAAUGAUAUUAAUAAAUUAAAAGAAUUAUGUUGUUUCUGUGUUGCUGAUGGUAAAUCUUACGUGAAACUAGGAGUGAAACUUGCAAUAAAUAGUUUAAUUCAACUACUGAAAAUGAAACAGGAAAAACAACAAAAAAAGAAACGAACUUCAAUUAAACAUUUACCUGUCUCAAUCGAAACUCUCUUAUCAACCGACCAAACACAAACAGGAAUUGAAGUAGUAUCACCAUCGGUUUCAAUCAUACAAGAUACAUUAUCAACACAAUCAAAUGUACGACAAACCGUGAAGAGAUUGAACGAAAUCGAGCAUAAAAUUGAUAUUGAAGAUCGUAUCGACUUAUGGUGGAGAAAAACGAAUGGAAAUGAUGGUUCAUCUUUGCAAUUAGGUGUUCAUUAUUUCCUGGCAAUUAACAAAUCGGUUAACGAUCGGUAUGCUGGUAUUUUAUCAUGUCGAUGUAAAAAUCAAUUCAAAUUAUCAUUUACAACAUCAGGAAUUUUCAGCUUAUCAACAUUCUAUAGACAUUUUAAAGAAAAACAUCGUACAAAAGAUUUCAAAAGAAACCAAGUGAAUGAUUCUUCUGAUGAUGAAACAUCAUCUGUAGAUACAACAGAUGUUCCAAUUCGCUCUUCCAACUCAUCAAGUACUCGUCCAAAAACUAAUCAAACUUCAACACAUGCAUCUUCAAAACGACUAAGAUCUCCAUCAAGACGUCCAUCUUCAACUUUGAACAUUCUUAAUGCAAAGAAGAAUCGAUUAUAA